AUAUUCUCCUCACCAGCUAGCACUUGCUCUCACUGCAUUCCAAAGCUAGCAUACUAGCACACAGUCAGGCACUCAGAUCACUCAGCACACACGAAUAGCUCGAUCGAUCGACAUGGCACGCAGCAUGCAGUUUGCUGUGGCGAUGAUCGCCGUCGUCGUGGCCGCGGUGCUGCUGGCAGCGGCGACGACGACGUCGGAGGCCGCCGUCACCUGCGGGCAGGUGAACUCCGCGAUUAGCCCCUGCCUCGCCUACGCCCGCGGCACCGGCACCGCACCCUCCGCGGCCUGCUGCAGCGGCGUCAGGAGCCUCAACUCCGCCGCCAGCAGCACCGCCGACAAGCGCACCGCCUGCAACUGCCUCAAGAGCGCCGCCGGACGUGUCAGCGGCCUCAACGCCGGCAACGCCGCCAGCAUCCCCUCCAAGUGCGGCGUCAACAUCCCCUACACCAUCAGCGCCUCCAUCGACUGCUCCAGGGUGAACUAAACCUAGCUAGACGACGACGGCGGCGGCGGCCGCCUGAUCGAUCGAUGAUCCAUUUCCGCCGUCGUCGAUCGGCGCCGGAGCAUCGAUCAUGACUCCAUGAGUAUCGAUCUAUAUCUACGCAUGGAUGAUGAUGAUGAGUUGCCUACUGUUACGUACUAUACUGAAUAAAAUCUCUCCGUCCGUACGUGUCGUCGUGUACUACGCUGUGAUACGCCUGUGUAGCGUGUACGUCAACAUGUGUGUGUGUACGUGAGAGAGAGAGGAACCGUUCAUGUCCUUUGCUCCUCCGAUCCGUCUUCGUACGAUUUUGGAGGAGAUCCCGGUUUGUACUAUGUUCACUGUUGCUACCUUAUGAUACACACAUCUUUUUGUUUGCAAA